GGGUGUAAAGAGGGUGAUUUGGUUUGAACAGGACGGCGCGUUCGUUUGGCUUUGCGGUUACGAUGCCUCGGCAGGUUCAAGACCCCAAUGGGAAGAAGUCUCUAAACGUAAACAAUGAAUCGAAUAGGAUUUUAUGGAAGUGUACUCAAGCAAAUUGUCAAGGCUUUGUCUCUCGCACAGACCACAAAUGUAGCCUGUGUAAGAAACUCUCGAGUUUUCCCAACACGGCACUGGCAUCGAUAAGUAAAGGGAAUACUAUUAAUAUAACUGCCAAUGAUACGCUAUCUGUAAAAAGACCAAGAACUUCUAGCGACAGUCACCUUGUUCCGCUUAAUAUUUUCAGCAUUGGAAGGUCGGGAAUUUACGAUGGCCGUUCAGAGGACUGUUGCAUUACCUCCUCUUCAAUCUUGUGCAGAGUUAAAGUUGAAGGUGUUUGGACUAACCUCAGUAUUCAUGCCAACGACAUCGAAAUGCUUGUGUUCUGUGAAUCUCUUCAAGUGCUAUUUCUGAAGCCAUACGACUCAUACAAAUCACAGCUCUCAAACCACCUGAAGCUCAGAGAUUUUGUUUUACGUAAGGUUUCGGGUGGUCAUUUUAUAAGUGUUUGGUGUGCUAACGUCAAAUGGCUGGUUUUCGUGUUUCGAGAACCUUCCACAAGCGAACCUCUUUAUUUAACUGUGAGUAAUCUCGAAGGUUUGGCCAACAAAAUUGGGAGAAGUGGAGUCUGUGAUAUGCAGUGUAGUUCAGAAAACGCUAGGGAAAUUCUUUCUAGCUGUGGUCUUCGUCUCCCCCGUUCUGAGCUGAGAAGGACUGGUACAGCAUCUACUGAACCUUCAAUCAUAAAUCGAAUAGUUCAAGGCCAAGCUCUUGCUGAUACGCAUUAUUCUGUGGAACCUAGUUCAUCCCAGACAGUCAAAUAUGUAAAUGAAGGUGGUUUAUUAACUAAUGUGAUAAAUACUCUUACGAACAACGGCUUCCAGUUGAAAACGAAUUCUGGCUCUGCAACGCACGAAAGCAACGUAAAUUGUAGAGGAAAAUCGGAAACAAAUGAAUUAGACGAGGAAUGUGACGACUUAAUUAUAAUACAUGAAGAAAAUACUUCUAAUGUGGCCGCUCAACCUCCUGGUGAUAAUGUGCAAGCAGAGUCGACUACGAAUUGUGACGAAGACUCCUUUAAAUUUGAUUAUAAGCCUGCUGGAUCUGUUGAUGGUAUAACAUUGACGAAAAGUGAUCUUCAGUGUCUUGAACCUGGAGCUCUUAUAAACGAUGCAAUAAUCAAUUUUUAUUUGAAAUACUUGUACUUCGAGCAACUGACGGACUUUCAGAGACAAGCUACUCAUGUAUUCAAUGUGUUUUUCUAUAGUCGGUUAACAGGCGGCAAUGUAUCAGUUGAUACACGCAACUCCACAGUCACAGAAACGACAACAGAAAUGAUACUUGCUCGGCACGCCAAUGUAGCCAAGUGGACACGUCGAGUUGAUCUUUUCAGUAAAGAUUAUAUCAUUAUUCCAAUAAAUGAAAGUUCCCAUUGGUUUGUUGCUCUCGUUUGCUAUCCUUGGAUGGCGGGAAUGGUCAGUUAUACAGCUCUUUAUGAUGAACAAGUUUAUCACCUCUGUCAGUUAACAGAAGAAUUUGCUGAUGUAGAUCUUAUUGAAUUCUCAGGUGAUCCACACUUGUCAAAUAUCGGUGAAGAAGUUAUUCAAAGGUUACCUACAGAUUUUCAAGGUCAAGCAUUUGAUCGGUGGAGACGAAAACGUCUAGCCUGGCUUCGCAAAUGUGGUAUCAAUGCUAUGCCAUGCAUUCUACUCUUCGAUUCGUAUCCUGUUCAAACUAGAAUUACUAAUUUGUCUACUAUUCGGGAGUAAGAUAUUUCUACAUUUGUGCAUGUAUCUGUGACUUGAUUACGCUGUGUUGUUGUGUAGAGCAAUGAAAAAUAUGACUGUUUGUUGCAUAUGAGUUAUGCUUUCUUUUCAUGUAAAGAAUUUCACACUUUUAUGCCGUGCCAUUCAACUUUUCUUCCCUAAACUGAACUAUGCUCAUGUUCGUUCACUGGUUAAAAAGUAGAGCUGUAGACUGUGUGUGAAACGCGUUGAGCGUGUCAAGCCAUACCCCUGACAGUCAUCAAUGAUUGAAAGAAAAUCAGGUGUAGUUGUUGUGUUGGCAUGGAAUAAAAAUGGCAAGAGUGUGUGCGAGUCAAUAUAAAAGUAGAAGAAAUUGAAAAGGCGAGCACACUAGGUAAAACAAGUUGAUCAUUAUGCCUUGUAAAUGAGAAAGCGUCGUGAAAUAGUUGUGGUGAGUCUACCGAAACGUUUUGAUAACAGAAGGUUAGAUAAUGAGCGAACACUUUAAAGGACAGAAUGUCUUGUCGACAACCUCAUUACAUCUGCCCACCAAUUGAACUGAACACAGUCUGAUUGGAAUGUCAACAGCGGUCGCCAUCCGGUGAAUGAGAUUGGAAAAGUUGUGUGUAAUCUGAAAACAAAGCAGAACAUUGAAACCUUGUGCUGUGAUCGCGAAGAUAUUUACAGAUGGGAGUGAUGAAUUAUUGAAUGCAUUCACUACAGUGUCAAGGCUUUUUCUUGGCUGAUUGACUGCCACUGUAGAACCUUGGAGAAAAGUAAGGCAGUUCAAGUUCUGCACAUAAGUUCACAAGUAUGCAAAUCUUGAGAGAAAAAGUUUGAAGGAAUUACGAUGAAGAGAAUGUAUGGAGGAAAGGAUAAUUACAACGUAUGCAGAGUGAUUGAGGAGUGAUGAAUGUUGGAGAGUGUAUGCAGGGUGGAUAGACUUGUUCCACUGCGAAGAAGGAUUUUAAGCCGUGUCAGGUGACUUUCCUGAAAUAAUAAAUAGUCAAAGGUUUCAUGGAUUGAUGAAAUGUUUUGCUUUCAUCGCCAUCAAAACUUUUGGAGAUUAAAAUCAAUCAUGUCAUCUAAGAUUAUACUUGAUGUGGAAGACAAGGCCAUGAAUAUUAGCAUGCUUAGCACAUGUUCUAGUUAUCUCAAUCCGUACAGUUAACUAGCUAGCUAGCUUCACAACCACCUCAUCAUCUGUUGGUGAAGACCAAUCCUACAGCAUCAUCUUCCAUUUGACAUAGGUGAUUAGCAUACACCCUUAAGUAAUGCCUUUUUUGAUCAAAGUUCUACAUUGAUGAGUCAGCGAACCGGUUAGUAUAUAUCAAGCGCAAAAUAACGUUUUGUUCAUUUCAGUUAUUUGCAGGCGGAGUGGAUCACUCGGAGGUCAUCACAAGACGGUCUUCUACACUUCGACAGAGACACAAUCCGAGGAUUCAGUCCUCGAGUGCCCCUACAGAGUAAUCCCGUCGACUGUGGAAUAUUUUUGCUUCACUACAUUGAGAUGUUUUUCAAGAAACCUGUACGAAGCUAUACGAAGCAGUAUUUUCAGAACGAAAUGGCUACUUGGUUUCCCGAUUCUACCGUCGGUGAAAAGCGAACUCUAAUCCACAAUCUCCUAAUGAGGCUACGCGAAAGUGUCGUGAAUGAGACAGCAAUGCGGCAAUGACAAUAGUUUUCUGCUUCAAAGAUCAUCCGGUCUCUUUGUAUAUAUGUAUAUAUGAUAUACGUGUACUAUUUUACUUCUGGUGUUGUUUCAAUGUCGUAGAUUUGAAACAUUAUCUAUGCCACCCAGCCAUAGGUAACAAAUAACCCAAUAUCAGAUAUUUUUUACUAAUGAAGUGUGAAAACUCGUGCACAUUCUUUUUGUUUUUAUAUUUUCAUUAUUGCAAGAAAAAUUCCUGAAUGCACCACUUGACUUUUAUACUUUUGAUUUUUCUUAAUUAAAAUGUAAAU